AUGGCCUGCGUACAAAGGAUGGAGUCAUUCAUCGAGGAGUACGGGAUCGAGAUCGACGACGAGUCGCGCACGGUCGGAGACGAGCCCAUCAAGUUCAAGAACGUCUUCGGCUCCAUGGGAAGGAGCAAACUCCGCAGGACUGUCGAGCUCCAGGAGAACGAGCGAUGGGUGGGAAAGUGGUCGCCUCCUCUCAGAACAGGAAUUGACCCAAGUCACUUUUGCUACUGGGACCAGGCCAACGCUCCUGACAUAAAGGGCAUGUACAACGAGACGCUGAUUAGCAAGAUGAACAAACUGGACGACUUUGUACUCCCAGAUGGAUGGAUUAUGGAGACGCCGGACAACAAGUGUUUCGUGCGCAGGAAGAAGUGGACUAGGCACAUGGUCAGCCUCCCCCCGGAGCAGGAUGACAAUCACGUCUACGAGCUCUUCGUGACGGCGGAGUGGAGGAGCAAAGCUUACCUGCGUUGCGAGCACAAGCUGCUCAACGCUGCCCUCGAGGACGUGCAGGCCAUCAUGAACCUCCAGUUCAUCUUCGAGUUCCGCAAGCUGAACGAGGAGGAGGACGCGGCCCCUCCGACCGCCAGGUUCCCCAACCUGCAGCGAGUGAGCAUGGGGCUGGUGAAGACGCCGGAGUUCGAUUGCAAGAUCAAGACGACAGGAGGAAACAUUCUUGCGAUCCCUGGCCUGGGGAAGGCGAUCAACAAGACCUUCCUCGGAUCCCUCGUUAUGAAUGUCUUCACACCUCCCAUGCUUCUGUGGGACGCGGACUCGUGGCGAGCAGACGCUCGGAGGAGGGAGAAGGCGCUUGCCAUGGGGACCGAGGCGCUGAGGAAGAAGAAGGGGUUUCUUGUUGUCAACGCCAUCGAAGCUUUCGUCGAGACCGGCUCCUCUGUCGCUCCAACAAUGAGCGUUGACGGAGGUGCAGGAGGGCACUGGAAGACGGGGAGGAAGGGGAAGUGGAGCCUGCAUCUGUUCAUGCCGUGCGAGGACGGCAAGAGAAACUCAAUGGCUGCCUGCAGCAGGUGGACAACACCCAUCAAGAUCUCGAGCAAGGCCCCGUCGUCCUACUGGAACGAAAGGUCGACCUUCGUGAGGGACAGCGGGCCCUGCGAGCUCCAGGUGGAGGUCUGGAACAGCACGGGCGAGUCGGCGAAGGAGGAGCUUCAGGACAAGUGGGAAAGGAUCGUCACGAUGCGCUACUCGGCAGCUGGGGAGGAGGAGGAAGGGGAGGAGGAGAGCCAGGGCAGGAGCUCCCUUGCUACCUACAACCUCACCAGCAAAGACUCCAACCUCGUCGUUCAUCUCACCUUGCAGCACCUGCGCAUGCGCGUCCAGCCCCUCCCCGGCAUCCGGGUCGGCACCCCCCUCCCCUCCUCGCCCUUCUUCCGGCAGUCAGGAGGCUGCAUCCUCGUCGCGCCCCUGUCCUUCCACCGGAUCCCCACGUGGGGCAAGAGCGCGCCAGAGCAAGUCAAGAUGCGGGUGGCGCUGUGCGUGAGGGAGAACUCAUCGGAGACGCUAGAGGAGAGGACGAGCAGCAUGGUCAAGAAGAACUCCUCGAGCAGCGGGAGCAACGUGGAGGGGAGCUUCUUCAACCCCACAUGGACCACGGGAGAGGUGAUGGCCUUCUCGCACCUGACAUACCCGUGCAGUCAGUUGCGGCUGAGAGUUGAGAUGCUCGGGUUCGAUUCCAGCGAGGAGCUAGUCUCCUCCUCCCAGAUCUUCCUGUCUCUGAGCCACCUAGUCGCCGUCAACCAGCAGCUGCAGGCCCCGGCCCCCUCUCCCGGGGGGGAUGCGAAGGAGGAAGGAAACAGGGAAGAGGACGCAUUCCUCUUCUGCUCGGCCGCCGAGUCCAUCGAGUUCCCGAUGCAUGUGGACGCGAGGCUCAAGGACUGGCAACGCCAGCUCGUCUCUCUCCUCGUCACCUACCAGCCCAUGGCGAGCCUCUCCAGCUCCUUCUGCAUCCGCCUGCUGAGACUGGAGCUGGGCAACAGCAGGAGGGACUCGGACUCGGACUGGCAGCUGACCAUCGCCUUCGGCCCGGAGGCAAACCUGUGGAGGAGCAAGAGCAAGUCGCGCAGGUUCAGGACGUGGACUUCUGGCAACCCCAUCCUCCACCAGGACAAGGCAAUGUGGAUCGGAGCCAGGUUCGUCUCCUUCGACCUUGCUGGGGAGGUCUCGGGCAAGGACUCAGCUGCCUUCACCUCCGACGAGUGGAUAGUGUUCUCCCUCUCGCACCGAGGCAAGCCUGUCGCUGACCGCCUCCUCAAGUUUGCCGAGUUCGUCGCCGUGUGUUGCGGUGCCGGAGGCCAUGGCUCGGCCUCCUCCUCCCUGCCGUCCGCGUCCUUGCUCUGCUCCAGCCUCUCCAAUCCCAUCCUCGUCACUCUCGAGCUCCCUCACUCGUCCAACGACCUGGACGGGCCCAUUCGGAUAGUCUUCGAGGCGAUCUUCUCCUUCGGCGGCGGCUCUUACUAG